GUAAGAAGUAGCGCCAUCGUAGAUCGGGAUGGCUGAAUCUCUAGCUGCUGAUUCGUGUGUUUUACGAAUGGGACACAUUGAUUCGUUAGAUGAGGUUUGGCUCUAGCUUUUCUUGCUUCCCGCCUGCGUCUCAUCUCUCUCUCUUCCCGUGGCUUCGCUCUUUCGCGUUCUCGCGGCUUGUGUGGGCUAAGCUCGGAGGCUUACCCGAAAAUGUAGGCGCAGGGAAAAAGCACGCGAUGCACCCGUUCUUUGCUUAUUAUUUUGCCGUGGUGAUCAUUUCGGAGGCAGCAUGGUUUGUGCUGGUAGCAUGACAGAAUACCCCCCUCCUGGUCGUCAUCAGCAGCAGCAUUGUCGUCGUCAUUAACGCUGUCUUUCUUUUUUGCUGUCAGCAGUUGCUCCCGUAAUAAGCUAGAUUGUGCAAAUGGCUAUAUAAUG